CUCGCUCAUUGGCUUCCGAUUGGCCAAUCGCAGGCUGCCUCCUGCCAGGGCCGCAGUUUUCAAAUCCACAUUGUGCAGUAGUAGCCGCAGCUCUUGGGUGGAGGCCGGGAGCGGGGCCGGGCGCUGAGAAGCCAGGUGUGCUUGGGCAGAGAAGAUGCCAGUGCCACGCAACUCCAAGACCACAGGCAGUAAACAGCUACGGCCUGGCAAAGCAGGAGCAGUGGAAAAUGUCAGACCCGAGAAGGAGGAGAGCUUUCAAGCAAAGAGGUCCCCGUCCUCACCCCAGGGGGCACCCAAGAAGAGGUCAGCCUUCGGAGACAUCACUAAUGCUCACAAGAACCAGGCUGGCCUGAGGAAGAAGGAUGCUGCGAAGGCAGGUCCCAGGAAGGCGCAGAAGGGCACAGCUGCUCUGGGGGUCUUGAAGAACAAUGAGAUCAACUUUAAAAAGUCAACAAGGAAAACUCCCCCAGCUGAGGUGCCUGUUGAUCCCAAACUGGUUCCCAAAAAUGACCCGGUGCCGGAGGAGCCAGCACCCACGCAGGUCAGUGGAAUCGGGUGCUCACUGCCAACCUAGUGGCCCCUGGGAGGG